GGAAGACAAACCUCCUUCUUCUUGUCAUGUUGUGGGGUGUCUUCCUGCACUUUCUCUCGGUGUUUAUCCCGUUCGUGUGCGUCAGUUUCCUCUUUUAUUUAUUGUUAUCGCAUUUUAAAAGCGGAGCCUGGCGCAAAGAAGCCGACAAAUGGCAGCAUUUGUUAGUCGUAACAGCACAUCCGGACGAUGAAUGCAUGUUUUUCUCCCCUUCUAUUUUUGAUUUCAUUCGAAGACAGAAGCAUGUUUCGGUGUUAUGCUUCUCUGACGGUAAUUACAUGGAGUUGGCAGAUACAAGAAAGAAGGAACUUUAUGACAGCUGCAGAAUUCUAGGAAUACAAGAAAAUAAUGUACAGAUAGUUGGUGACAGUUGUUUUCCAGAUGAUCCUUCUCGGAUCUGGAAUGAAGAGCUUGUUGCACGGAUCAUUCUCAAACAUUUGCUCAUAAUAAAACCUGAUGUGGUCUUGACCUUUGAUCAGUAUGGCAUCAGUGGACACAACAACCACUGUUCAAUAUACUACGGCUGUAGGAAACUGCUUCAAGAUGGAAGAGCUCCGACUGGUAUUAAUUUUUACAGCCUAGAAACUACAAAUAUUCUUCGAAAGUAUGUGUCAUUCCUGGACAUUCCUCUCUCUACAGUGUUGACAUCGAAAUGCUAUAUAUCUACCAUUAGUGCUGCCAUCAGAGCUGUUCGUGCCAUGUGUGCCCACUCGUCACAAAUCACCUGGUAUCGCAUUGCCUAUCUCAUGUUCUCACGAUAUAUGCUCAUCAACACUCUGGUAGAUGUCUUACCUGGUAUCAACAUGCCCAGAUGAUUGAACCCCCAACAAGCAGCAGCAGCAGCAACGGCACCACCACCAUUCCAACUACAGAGGCUGUCACCUACACCUAUCAAGCAUUUCUUCAACAAAUGUUUCAAAUGGAUAAUCCUUAAGCCAUGUUUUGAUCUCUCUGUCUGUCUCUCUCUCUCUCUCUCUCUAUCAUAAAAGGACCACAUCACACACAUCAACAUUCUUUAAACCACAAUCACUCUUACAUAUUUAGGCUCGAAAAACAUCCAUACACACAUAACACACAAAAAUACCUGUUUCCAAAUUUUAACACUUUACCAUUUAGACCAGCCAUAUCUGGCCAAAAUAUUCUAAUUGUUUUAUGUUCAAACUGGUCGGAUGCAGCCUAUCACACCUACCCUACAAUGCCAUUGUAAAAAAAUAAGUAAGUUUUGCAUUUGAGAGAGUAAUCUGAAUGCUGAAGGGUUAAACAUAAGGCAGGUAAAAUAUUUGGACUGAAUCUGGUUGGUUUAAAUGCUAAGGGGUUAACCCUUUUAGCAUUUAAAACCAGCCAUAUCUGGCCCAAAUAUUUUCCUUGUUAUAUGUUCAAAUUGGCUAGAUCUAGCCUAUCAUAUCUACCCUACAAUGUCAUUCUAAAAUAUCAAUAAUUACACCAUCUAAAUUUCAAAGCUGCAAGAUAAUACAUGAUUAAUACAAAACAAUGUGAAUAAAUAAGUACAACAUUUGACAGGGUCAUCUGAAUGCCAGAGGGGUAUGGCUGUUUCACAUUAUAGACAUGCAUACAAACACCCAAAAGCCAUACAUACACAAAACAUAUACAUAUACACAGGCACAUGCAUACAUACAUUAUACACGCAUACAUAUACAAAACAUGUUGCACAUGCAUACAUAUACAAAACAUGUUGCACAUGCAUACAUACAGAUUCUCAUGCUAUUGCAUAUAAACACACAAGCAUACAUACAUACACUUUCUCUUUCACGUAUAUACACAUAUACUUACUUCCAAGCACUCACCUUCUCUUACACACACACACACACACACACACACACACUUAUCUGCUCACCCAUAAUUCUGCACUAAAACAUUUAUCUAAGAGACAUGAGACAAAGACUUUUAACCAAAUAUUGUAAUAUUUACUGUUUGUCAAAAAUGGAAUUUAUUGAAAAAAAAAUUUAUAUUUUUUCACAAUUCUGGAAAUAUUGGUUUGGUGCUUUGUUCUUUUGUAUUAUCUCUGAAGACAUGGCAGAGCGUGUAUAUAUAUAUAUAUAAAUACAGACACCUCAAAACUAAAUAGA